AUGGCUCUGCUGGCUGAGGGCAGAUUGGAUGGACAGCACAAGAUCUGCACUUGCACCACUGGGGGUGUGGAGACUCACACCAACAAAGGAAUCUUUUACCAAAAAGUCAAACUGCUUCAACCAGAUGAAGAUGUCUGCUAUGUCCCCCAACUCAAUGACAGACUUCGGUAUGCGAUCAUUAAUGUUGGAGGCAUUAAGUAUAAGAUGCCAUGGAUUAUACUUGACCAGAUCCCAUUAACACGUCUAGGCAAACUCAAAGCAUGUAGUGGUUAUGAUGAAAUCAUGGACAUCUGUGAUGACUAUGAUGUAACCCACAAUGAAUUUUUCUUUGACCGCAAUCCUUGUGCCUUCAGAACUAUCAUGACUUUCCUGACAGCUGGAAAACUAAGACUCCUCAGAGAAAUGUGUGCUCUCUCCUUUCAGGAAGAGUUGGUUUACUGGGGCAUUGAGGAUGAAAACCUGGAAUGGUGUUGUCGCCGUAAACUGUAUCAGAAAGUCGAGGAUCUAGAGGAACUGAAGAGGGAUUAUGAAGUGCUACUUACUGAAGAAUCACAGGGUGCCUUUAAUGACACGACUCGCUUGGGUCACUGCAUGAAGAACCUCAGGGACAUGGUGGAAAAUCCCGAUUCAGGGAUACCAGGAAAGCUCUUUGCUUGCCUUUCUGUUAUAUUUGUAACAAUCACUACAAUAAGUCUCUGUAUCAGUACCAUGCCUGAUCUGAGAGAAGAGGAGGAGCGGGGCGAAUGCUCCCAAAAGUGCUACAACAUCUUUGUCCUAGAAACCGUCUGUGUGGCCUGGUUUUCGUUAGAGUUCCUGCUGCGAUUUAUCCAAGCACAGAGUAAAUGCGUGUUUCUGAGGACUCCUCUGAACAUCAUCGACAUAAUGGCCCUUUUGCCUUAUUACAUCAGCCUGAUUAUAGAUGCGCUUUCAAUCGAUGGGAAGCCAAGUGGAUCUGCAAACCUGGAUUUGGAAAAGAUCGGGCUGGUCCUUCGGGUUCUGCGUGCUCUGAGGAUUUUGUAUGUGAUGAGGUUGGUUCGUCAUUCUCUUGGGCUUCAGACUCUAGGACUCACAGUCCAACGUUGCACAAGGGAAUUUGGUCUCCUUCUGCUCUUUCUCUGUGUGGCCAUGGCACUCUUCUCUCCUCUGGUAUUUUUGGCAGAGAGUGAACUGGGUGCCAAACAUGACUUCACCAGCAUCCCGAGCAGCUAUUGGUGGGCAGUGAUCUCCAUGACGACUGUGGGUUACGGAGACAUGGUCCCACGGAGUAUCCCUGGGCAGGUAGUAGCUUUGAGUAGCAUCCUGAGUGGCAUUCUCCUCAUGGCCUUCCCAGUUACCUCGAUCUUUCACACUUUCUCACGCUCGUACAUGGAACUGAAAGAUCAGCAGCAGCGCAUUUCCAACAACAAAGUCCUGCUGAAAGGGGACCCUAAAUCCCAGAACAGUGACAGCUCUCAGGAAACAGACUCCACCAUUCAUGGCAGAUCUGUGUUGUGUCUUCUGAUUGUCAUUUUACUCCCAGGUGGUUGGAAUAAUCAUAAUUCAGGCUUGGAGAGGUCACUCUUGUUGUCAUUAAUCUAA